AUGCUGAAGAUUGCCAUUCUCGCUUCUCUUGGUGGCCUCAUCGCGGCCCUCGACCUGAGCAGCCAAGAUUUCCGUAUAAGUAUCAACGGUAAGACCGGUGCCAUCUACAAAAUCACUGACCCUCUCUUCAAUGAUGUCGUAAACUGGGUGGUUAGCGGCUCCAAUGCGCCCUGGCUCCCGACAGGCAGCCGCUGGUGUCUAGGGUACGCCGAUCUGGGCCAAGAUUACCUCCAUCGCAACUUUUGGAACUUCCCCCAGAUCACGAAGCGUGACAAUACUGUAGAAGCAGUUCAUAUUGCUGGAACGCUUGAGCUCCUAGUCAGCCGGAGCAUCACAGAUGAGAAUCGGUCCUUCACUGAAUCAUAUACCUUCACGAACAAAGGCGCCUCGACGCUGAACCUGAACAGCCGAGGAACAACAUCUUUGGCCAUCUAUGGCCUUUUCAACGACCAUUACACAAACACAAGUGAUUGCGUUAAGCUGAGCCAAAUGGGCGGCAACUAUCGAAAUCUCGGGUUUGUCCUGGCAAAGGGCGCAUUGGUGGGCUACAGUAUCGAGUCACGCGACCCCGUCACACUGUCUAACACGCGGGGUGUCUUCCUACUUCAUCCUUCUAUUCCCAUCCUGGAGCCGGGCGCGUCGAGCACGAUCGCGUGGACGUGGUUCUGGCAUAGCGACUGGGACGACUUCUUCAAGCAGAGCGCCGCUCGAUCCAAGCAAUUCGUGAGAGUCGAGACAGAUUACUUUACUUCCAUCACGAGAGACAGCCUCUAUCUCUCUCAUCGUGGCCAAGUACUGCAAUGCGACGAAACCGGGCGUCCAGGCAGGACGAAUCUUGUGGUCACCACGGACAAUGGCUACAAUUCUACACUUUCCCUCAACACCGUCCCGAAAUAUGACGACCUGAUCUCCAGUCGCACUAAGUUCAUGAUCGAGAAUCAGCAAGAUACUACGCCCGACACGCCCGCAGAGGGAGCCUAUCGCGUUUUCGAUAACCAAGCCAACAAUGUCCAGGUUCGACAGUCGCUGGAGAAGUACUCCGCUUAUGUCUCUACCAAGCUGCCGAUCGGGAUGGACGGCAGCAAGAAGCGCCUGUACAACUGGCAUUGGGUUCUCCAAUUUCGCAUCACAGUUGCUGCUCUGGACCUCAACUUGAGGGGGAUAGCCGCGGAGAAGACACCUUUAGAGCGGUUCAUGCUCACCCUAGAGAAUUUCUACCCUGAAGGCGGCGGAGAGUUGCACGCCAUCGGCCUCCCUAUCCUCGAAAAGAGCUCAAGGGCUGUUUCUCGCCCAUGGACAAACAUCGCGGCACGCGGACAAGCCUAUCCGUCAUUCGAAGUCAACCUUGAACAAUCUAUAAUCGCCCCCGCUGCUGUAACUCUCCUUGAGCUCUGGCGCUAUACAGGCAACGAGGAUUGGCUGGACGCCGGCAAACUACACCUCAAUAUCCUCCUCCAUUCUGCGGGCAAACAGCUCGACUACCGCCUUCACGACCUCGCGAUCCGCCACUGGGACGGUUACUGGUUCGAUACAUUUCCUCACUUCUGGAGCACGCUCAACGGCAUCACGCUCCAUCACUACGCCAAGGGCCUGAAGAACGAUACCCAACGUCAAGGAGCGGCUACCUUGAAGACUGCUAACGGUAUCACAAGAAACAAUCUUGCUUUGUUCGAGGCAAACGGCCGCGCUUCGUGUGCCUAUAUUUAUCCAACCUCCGUCAACGGCCGCGCUGAGAAUUACAAAGAUCCGUAUGCGAAUGAUCAGGAUUGGGCGUUAACUCACCUCUUGCGGAUCGAAGAUGAUGCCUUUGUUGAGGAAUGAGUAGGCACCAACCCACUGAAGAGAUUUUACGACAGGUCGCAGAGUAAAUAUGUUUCGACGAUGAAGUUAGUCUUCUUAUACAUAUUGCUCGCAAAACUUUGAAAAUAAGUGCGGAGUCUCAGAACAGGCAAUAAGGAAGAAACUGGCUAUGCAUUGUUAGCAGCUGGGUGAGAUUGCCUUGGAAUUCUGACAUGUGAAAACGAGCU